AGCAUCACCACCUACACAGUCUUCGACAAUGGCCGAGAUAAAAACUACGGCGGAUAUUCAGACAUUCUUGUUGUUGAUCAACACGUUGCAGUUCAUAUUCCUGAAAAUCUGGCAUGAGAGGGAGUUGCUUCAUUGCUUUGUGCAGGAAUCACAGUGUUUAGUCCCAUGAAAUUCUUUGGACUGGACAAGGCGAGAAUGCAUGUGGGUGUGGUUGGUCUUGGUGGAUUAGGCCAUCUUGCGGUAAAGUUUGGGAUGAAGAUGAGUGUUAUUAGUACAUCGCCGAGCAAAAAGAUUGUAGCAAUUGAACAGCUUAAAGCUGAUUCAUUUGUUGUUAGUCAUGACAUGGAGCAAAUGGAGGGUGCUGUGGGUACACUGGAUGGCAUCAUUGCCACAAUCUCUCCAACCCAGUCUCUAUUGCCAUUACUUAAUCUUCUAAAGCUUAAUGGAUUACUCAAUCUUCUAAAGCUUAAUGGAAAGCUCAUAUUGUUAACCCCACCCGAUUUGCACAAGCCAAUUGAGAUACCGGUUAUGCCCUUAUUUUCUGGUAGAAGAACAAUAUCAGCAAGCAUGGCAGGGGGAAUGAAGGAGACACAAGAGAUGAUAGAUUUUGCAGCAAAACAUAACAUUACUGCUAAUGUUGAAGUUAUUUCAAUGGAUUACGUAAAUAAAGCCAUGGAUCGUCUUGCUAAAGGAGAUGUUCGUUAUCGAUUUGUCAUCGACGUUGCAAAUACGCUCAAUCCUUAGCUCCAAAACAACUCUACCCAAGUAAAUGAAAUUGCUUUUGUUGAUUGGUUAUGUUUUGUUUCAUUAGGGUUG